AUAACAGCUUUAUAAUGACCUUCGAUUUUAUUUACAUUUAACUCUGGACGGUUGCUUAGAGAUAAAUGAUAAAGUCAAUGUAACACAAAGGAAGUUGAGAAAACGGCUUCAUAACUGGUUUUAACGUAACGGUCUUUUGUCAGUAACGAAUUAUUUAGUUGUAAAAAGAUUAAUAGCAAAUAACAUGGCUUGGCAAUCCAGUUCAUCUUCCAUACAGGAUAAACUGUUAUAUUUAAUGGCAACAAAAGAAAUGUGCGAUGUAAAUUUAAUUAUUGGCCACGAUAAAGUACUAUUUACCACGCAUACUUUCUUAUUGUCAAUGUUUAGUGAAGUCUUCCAAAAAAUGUUUCUUGGACACACCACAAAGAAAAUGUUUAACAUCGAAUUACCUGAUGACAACGUUGAAGCAUUUCACGUUUUUCUAGAAUAUGUUUACACCAAUAAAGUUAUUUUACGAUCUGUUGAUGAAGCUAUAUCAUGUAUACAAUUUGCUGAAAAGUAUUCUGUAAAACAUAUGAUGGACGUAUGCUUAGUUUACCUGGCAAAUAAUAUAUCGCCGAAUUCUGUCUUGAAAAUAUACGAAAUUUCGUCUGCAAAGCGUAAAAACGAAUUGAAAUUUAAAUGUUGGGAUUACAUAACCGAAAACGCUUCAGUAAUCGUUAAGCAAGAUUAUAUUAAACACGUCACAUUUCAAACUAUGAUGGAUAUUGUAUCAGAAGACAGUUUAGCAUUGAAAUCUGAAGUCGAUAUGUAUGAUGCAGUUAUUAAAUGGGGAAAAGAGAACUAUCCAAAUCAUUCGACACAUGAACUUCGCGAAAAAUUAAAUCCACUUCUUAAUCAAGUUCGAUUUUUAAGAAUGACAUGCAAUCAAUUUGCGGGUAAUCCAACUAAAGACCAGAUCCUUACUAUGAAUGAGAAAUUAGAGAUAUUCAGAGAAAUUUCGAGGCCUACACUAAAAAACAAAAGUGAAUAUAGUUCAAUUAUUGAUCAAUGGAGAAAACCAAGAAACCAUUGUGAGAAUAUUGAAACUAAUAAAUUGUUUAUGUUCAGAAAUUUUCUAUACGCACUGGAAAAGUAUCAAUCGAAUGAUCCUAACAGUUAUUUAAAGGGGAUACCAUUUUAUGUGGAACAUUACCCGCCAGUUAAUAAAGCUUCGAGUAAAAAUUAUAAAAUUCAAUUUUUCUUUUAUAAUAAUAAGACAAUGAUUGAAGAACAAAGAGGAAGUAUUAACUGUAGAGGAAUAAUCAAAAUACGUGCCGAUUCUAGUAACAAUUUGAUGAUAGAAAGAGAAUUAAUUAAUAUAAAAAUGGGUAAUACUAGUGGAAUCGUUUUCACAUCGUUAUCAGUUUAUAUAACGUUAAAUAUAAAUACUAAUUUAUAUAUUUUGAUAAAAGACAAGACAGAUUCUCGUUUCGAAGGAAUACCUUCAACUGAUAAUUCUUCAAGAAAUGGAUUUUGUUCAUAUGUUUGUUCGAAUUUAAAUGCUUUCGUGAGUUAUAUUAAAUCUAAAAUAAGAUAAGUUAUAUAACGGAUAAAACUUUCUGUCACAAAGAAAAAUUUUAUAACUUGUUUUGCAGAUUAAAAAUGUGUCAGUAAACUCGGGACCCCGCGGUUUUUCGGGACUCGGAUGAGGCCCCGAACAUCCAAAUUUACACAAGGGGAGUUCAAAAAGUUAUGGAAAAUGCAAAUAAAAAGACAUAAUUUCAAACUGAUAUAACACCAAAGAUGUAGCACUGUAAACUGUUAUAUGAAGAAGGAAAUUAUUACUGAUAUUUCAAGUACAGUAGACCUCCCUAUAACACAGUAGAUAAUUCCGUGUUAUAUGAAUUCCAUGUUGUACGAGUCACUUAGAUUUUACAAAUACGUGAGCCGUUCACAGCCCUUCAUACGUAUUUGUAAAAUCUAAGUGACUCGUACAACAUGGAAUUCAUAUAACACGGAAUUAUCUACUGUGUCAUAGGGGGUCUAUAGUAUACAUAAUUUCGUUUGAAAGAUAAAUGUAAUAAUUUUAUCAUUCCUUUUUGUGUAAUUCAUUUAAUCUAACAGCAUUUAUAUAUUUUUUAUUUUAAUACUAAUAUUACUGUAGUAGGAAAAUGUAUUGUUUCUGUAGUAAAAAUAAAGAGAAUUGUGUUUUAUAUAUUUAAAAA